AUGUCGAGUACGCUGAUGUUCCGCAAACUGAUUUUGAAGCAAGUGCGCAUCCCCACUCACAUAUCUCUUACGUCCCCUGACGAUACCACAGCAUCGGAGAUCUUUGAUCAAAUUAAUUUGCUCUCUAUUCCCGGAGCAGGCUUACGGCACCUAGAUCUUCAAUCAGAUAUUCCCUCUAUCUUCCAAGGGGUUUACUCCAGUGAUGGGUUCAUCAAUACAAUGCCCUCGGAGUCGGGAAAUGCCUCGCUGUGCCUGGUGAGAACUUAUGGGAGUGAACCAGAAAUGUGCGUUGGGUGUUUCAUCAGCCAUAAAAUAUCACAUUCUAACAUAUUAGGAAGAUUGAACGCUUAUUAUGACUUUAUACAUUGCUACCUACCGAUCUUGCCGCCACGAGUUUCACCACCAUGUCCGGAUAGGCCAAUGAACUGUCCAAUAUCAUUCGCAAAUCCGGCUUCGGAGGUGCCGCUCAUGGUCUAUCGACCUCGUUCACCUCUAAGUCUCGCAAUUUCUGCUAUUCUCGCCCUUAUUCCUCACCCUAGCGACCCAGAACCAUCAUCCACAGCAUCCGUCACCCAACGCAGGACAUAUGCUCAUACAUUGGCACAGCUGGCCAACACGACCAUAGAAUCAGAUUGUGAUCUCGACGUGUCUUCGUGCGACCCAGGUCAAGCAUUAUCAAGCGGGCGGCCUUUUAUCAACCGAGAAAGAUUCCACCCUCAGACUCCAGCGGAUCUGGAGAGUCUUUUAGCACUGUUAGUGCUAUCGGUGUAUGAGUACUGCCAAAGAGGGAACUUGCUCAAAAUGAGAUAUCGCGCUGGACAAGCCUUGGCCAUUGCUCUGGACAAAUCACUUCAUGCCCAUGGAGAAGAAAUUGAUGAGUUCUCUGAGGCUCGUCGGAGGGCCUGGUGGAUGACGUAUCACUGUGUCGUGCAGGGCUCUAUAACAAGCACAACGCCUCCUUCUAUCGUCAUCAACGACCCUCAAUUCACAACCCCUUAUCCACGCUUUGCAACCGAUGCCGAGGGAUGGUCUAUUUUCACACAAGCCCAACAAGUGCUGUUGUCAGCCACUCAAUUCGUUGCCGAUCUAAAGAAAUGUCUGACAUCGAGAUCAAACAUGCAUUACCUUUUCGAGCGAAUGCAGCACCUAGAUGGCUGGAUUAACUCUGUACUCACACAAAUCGAUUUACUUCCUCCAAUUCCACAAGAAACAGGAUUUGGUGAUUACCAAGAAACCAUGACAGCGCACUCUAUCCGUGCUAUCUCCCGCAUAAAGCUAUCCAGUGCGCAGAUCAAAGUCCAUCGUUUUCGAGCCUUCUCCGACAUCCCCAUCUUCAUCAAGAAACAUUGCGACUUGACUGCGGCUGCCACCCCCAACGCCCCAAACACCGAUGCGGUCACCAAAUCCUCCAUGUCUGGAAACGGGCUUGCCAGCCUCCAAUGCUCAAAAAAUAACAUCGAUCCAUUUCAACGAGCCUCAUCAACCGAGUACCUGACACCCCCCGAUUCCUCUACCUCCUCAGAAGUCCGCCCUUCCUCCAUCCCACAGUAUCCGCAGCACCCCUUCACCUCCGGAUUUCCUUACAGCUGCGAGCACUCCGCCCAAGUCUGUCUCCGUGCUGCCCUAGUAAUCUCACGAAUGUUUCAAACCCUACCUCUUCCACAGCCGCUUUUGGACUCUCAACAUCAAAAUCAUCAGCAGCAGUAUUACAGCGGCUCUCUUCCUCGUACCAUGCCAUACUUUGCUUGCUGUCUAAUGCAAAGCAGCUACACGCUCCUUAUGGUGUUCUAUAAGGCGCGAGUCGCGACGAGACUCUCUCCGGAUUUGGAAAAUGUAUAUGUCGAAGGCUCCACUGGUCAGCUCGUAGCUGAGCUUCGGCAGGGAUUGCAGCAUAUUAUCGCCGCCUCGGCGAAUUACUCGCUUGCUUUUGAGGCGUUGGAUGGGAUGAGAGAUGAAAUCAAAGGUGCAUAUCAAGCAGCGUUUUCCUUGAUAUGA